AGCUUUUCUCAAGUAAAUGGCCUUUCUUAAUAAUCCCUUUCCUUAGAUUCUUCUGCAUUAGCAGCCAACCAAAAAAAGAAAAAAAGAAGAAGAGGGGGGGUGGGGGUGGAGGUGGAGAGUUUAAUAAUUGGCUUAUAAUUACAUGAAAUUUAAAAGGGAUUGUUUGAGCCAAGAAUCUUAUUUGGAGAGUAAAGAAUGGAGAAGACAGUGAAAAAUGCAAAAUCUUGAAAAAUCCAAUUGAAGUCAAGAUUGGUUAGUUGUGCAAUUUUUCCACAAAAAGAACACAAAAAGUCAAGAAUUUGAAGUCUGAAAUCUCAUUUUUAGUUCUCUUCUUAGCUUGUUUGGAGAGUGAAAAAUGGAGGAGACAGUGAAAAAUGCAAAAUCUUGAACACCCAAUUGAAGUCAAGAUUGGUUAGUUGUGCAGUUUUUCAGCAAAAAGAACACAAAAAGUCAAGAAUUUGUAGUCUGAAAUCUGAUUUUUAGUUCUCUUCUGAGCUUGUUUGGAGAGUGAAAAAUGGAGGAGACACUUAAAAAUAAAAAAUCUUGAACACCCAAUUGAAGUCAAGAUUGGUUACUGCACAAUUAUCAGCCAAAAGAACACAAAUCAAAAAUUUGAACUUCAACACCUCAAUUUUAGUUCUCUGUAGAGUGGAAAAUGGAGGAGACAGUGAAAAAUGGGAUCUUGGUAUUUGCUGUGAAUGGACAAAGAUUUGAGCUUCCUAGUAUUGACCCUUCAACUUCUUUGCUUGAGUUCUUGCGCACUAAGACUUGCUUCAAAAGUCCCAAGCUUGGCUGUGGUGAAGGCGGUUGUGGAGCUUGUGUUGUUCUUCUCUCAAAAUAUGAUCCGACGCUUAAACGGGUUGAAGAUUUUAGUGUGAGUUCAUGCCUUACGCUUCUUUGCAGUUUAAAUGGUUGCUCAAUUACUACAAGUGAAGGCCUUGGAAACACCAAGGAUGGUUACCACUCGAUUCAUGAACGGUUUGCGGGGUUUCAUGCUUCUCAAUGUGGAUAUUGCACUCCCGGAAUUUGUAUGUCCUUUUACUCGGCUCUUGUCAAUGCCGAUAAAGCAAACCACACGGAUUCUCCACCAGGAUUCUCUAAGUUGACCGCACCUGAAGCUGAAAAAGCCAUAGCAGGGAACCUUUGUCGUUGUACUGGAUACCGGCCCAUUGCUGAUGCGUGCAAGACAUUUGCGGCCGAUGUUGACAUAGAGGAUUUGGGGCUCAAUUCUUUUUGGAAAAAAGAAGAUUCUAGGGAUAUAAAAGUGAGUAAGUUACCUCCCUAUGAUCCAAGUAAGAAUUUAACUACAUUUCCUCAAUUCUUGAAAAGUGAAUCGGCCACAUGUUUGGACUCCAGAAGGUAUCCCUGGUACACUCCUAUUUCUGUCGACGAGCUUCAAAGUUUGUUGAACUCCAAUUUGGCUGAAAAUGAUGCAAGCAUUAAGCUGGUUGUUGGUAACACAGGCACAGGAUAUUACAAGGAAACCCAGCGACAUGACCGAUAUAUUGAUCUGAGACAUAUCUCUGAACUUUCGAUCAUUGAAUUAGAUCACACAGGAAUUAAAUUGGGGGCUACUGUCACUAUCUCUAAACUUAUAUCAUUCUUGAAGGAUAAAAACAAAGUCGCUUUGAGUUCAUAUGGAAAGCUGGUUAGCGAAAAGUUGGUUCAGCACAUGGAGAAGAUUGCUUCACCAUUUGUUAGAAACACCGCUAGUGUUGGGGGAAAUUUGGUUAUGUCACAAAAGAAUGGUUUUCCUUCAGAUAUAGCUACAUUAUUUCUUGGUUUGGGCGCUACUGUUUGCAUAAUGACCAGUCAAAGACAUGAAAAACUUACGUUCGUGGAGUUCUUAGCGAGGCCGCCACUAGACUCAAGGAGUGUGCUACUUAGUCUUUUAAUUCCAUUUAAAAAGGAUGGAAGUUCUCUUGAAACCUGUUCGAAGUAUUUGUUUGAAACCUAUCGAGCUGCAGCACGACCUCUUGGAAAUGCAUUGGCAUACGUAAAUGCUGCUUUCCUUGCUGAUGUUUCUCCCCACUGUAAUCAGUUCUUGAUUAACAAUAUCCAGUUGGCUUUUGGUGCUUAUGGAACAAAACAAGCAACAAGGGCCAAAAAAGUAGAAGAAUAUAUAACUGGGAAGAUAUUAAACGUUAAUGUGUUAUCCGAAGCACUUAAAUUAGUCAAACAAGCAGUGGUACCCGAAGAUGGAACUUCACACCCUGAUUACAGGUCAAGCAUGGCAGUUGGUUUUCUUUUUGAGUUUCUAUUUCAGUUCACCGAUGUUUGUCCCACGAUAUCUGGUGGUCUGUUAAACCAAAGUACUUUGGUAGAGGAAGUCUCAAAGAGUAACAAAGACGGUUAUAUUAGUGAAGAGAAAGUCGACACACUUCUAUCAUCUGCUAAGCAAGUCGUGGAAUCGAGUAAAGAGUAUUAUCCGGUGGGUGAACCAAUGAAGAAAUCUGGAGCUUCCUUACAAGCUUCUGGUCCGUUUCUCCCUUUUAUGUUUUAUUCCACAUCAUGCAUAAAAACUCGGUUUUAUGUCAUUUUGCAUCCUUUUUCUGGCUUUGAAAUUGCUGACUGUGUAUAAAGUGGGUAGUGAUAGGGAAAACUAAUUAAAAGCCUACCUGUAUUACUUCUG